AUGACGCGCGGAAAUCAAAGAGAAAAUGAUAGACUUAGGGCUCAAAAAAAACAAGAAACAAAUAAAAAGAAAAAGAAAAGUGAUUCAAAUUUUAGGAAUACUUUAGAAAUCCAAGCAAACAUCAUGAGACAGAAACAAAAGCUCGCUGAUGAAAGAAAAGCUACACAGGCUAUAAAUAAUACAACAAAAACUACCUAA